CCACAACUUCACCAUUCAUUCCAAUUUCCAAAGCAAUUUAAUCAGUCGAUUGUUUAAGCAAAGUAAUGAUGAAGCUUAAUUUGCUCUUUGGUCUUACAUUGGCCAUCCUCAUCUCAGGGGCUCAAAUGGCGACCUUCACCGUAAAAAACAACUGUCAGUACCCUAUCUGGCCGGCAACCCUUGUCGGUGAUCCUAAUUUGCCACAAUUGCCCAAGACUGGGUUCCAGUUAGACCCUCAAGCACAAGAUUCCCUUAACGUUCCUAGCCCAUGGAAAGGCAGGCUCUGGGCUCGAACACAAUGCUCAACCUCAGGCGGAAGGUUCACUUGUGCCACUGCUGACUGUGGGUCCGACCAGAUAGCUUGCAAUGGAAAAGGUGGAGCCCCUCCGGCAACCCUGGCCGAGUUCACUAUUGCAGCUAACGGAGGACAAGAUUACUAUGAUGUCAGCCUUGUUGAUGGUUUUAACUUGCCGCUUUCGAUAGCUCCGCAGCGCGGCUCAGGUCCAAACUGCACCAGCACUAGCUGUGCGGCGAAUGUGAACUCAGCUUGCCCACCAAACUUUGUUGUCAAAGGAUCCGAUGGGAAUACCAUAGGUUGCAAAAGCGCAUGUGCAGCUUUGAAUGAGCCUCAGUAUUGUUGCACAGGUCAAUAUGGUUCACCCGAGACUUGUAAACCCACGGAUUACUCAAAGAAAUUCAAGGAUCAGUGUCCUGAAGCUUAUAGUUAUGCUUAUGAUGAUCCAACUAGCACUUUCUCCUGCACUGGUGGGCCUAGUUACCUUAUCACUUUCUGUCCAUGAGCCAUCAUAUUUCUAUAUAUAGAUUGUACAAACUAUCUAUGCAUGCAGAAGCCCCUUGUUUCUCUGUAUGUUUUCGAUCCUAAAAUAAAGAAAGCAUCAGUACUGAUCUGAUCUGCUGUGCUGGGAUGUGUUAUCGAAUAAACAAAUAUAUAAAAACCUUUUUGGUUCUAA